AUGUUGAUUUAUUCGGAAUUACUACCUAAUUAUAUGUUGAAAGAUAAUCCAUCAAAAUAUGAUCAUUUGAAUAAUGCAAAAGAAAAACGAUUACCUAGGUUUGCUUUAUCAGAAAAAAAUAAAAAUCGGCAACUAUAUGAAAAUCAUAAUAAUUUCACUCCUGAAUCUCAUAUUUUUACAAUGAAUUCAUCACAAAUUACAACAAUGAUACAUUCAUAUCGUUUACCAAUGUUUCCUACAUUAUUACCAAAAUUAGAAGCAAAUCAAAAUUAUUAUAAUUUAGAAGAAAAUCAAUAUAGUAAUAAUGAUGAUAGUGAUUCAUAUAAAUCACAUAUUACAUUAGAAUCAAUUACUACUAAUACAAAUAAAAUAAUUGAAUUUAAAAAUAUUCAAUCAACCAAUAAUUAUUUAUUACCAAAAUAUGAAAUAAUAAAUAAAAAAGAAAAAAAUAAUUUAAUAGAAAAAAAGAAAAUACAAAAAACAAACGAUUGGGAAUUUAAUAAAAUUAAAACAAAAAAUAAUCUUUCUAAUCGUAUUAAACAUAUUAAUGAAUUAUUUUGUGAAGUAUCUAGGAAAAUGUAUUGUUUAAGCGAAGAAAAUGGAUCAUUAAUGAAUAAUUUAUUCAAAGCAACAGAACAUUUAAAAUACUUAAAAAACAUUUUAAGUGAUGGUCAAGAGCAUCGUUUAACAUUACAACAUAACUAUCAAAUUGAUUCAGUUAAUCGGAUUGAAAAUUCAUCCCAUAAACUAAACAACUGUAAUUCUUCAACUAGAUAUUGUAUUUCUCCUCAUCAAAUUAUUGAUGAUGAUUUAAAUAUUCAUAGAUUAAAAUUAAAAACUGGAAGUUUACAUGAAAAUUUAUUUUCAUUUUCUCAACCAAACUUAAAUCAAGAUAUCAAUGACUGUAAUCUUUCAGAGAAAUAUGAUACUGACAAUGGUACUCAUAUGGAUCGUCACCAGUAUCAUAAUAAUAAUAGUGAUAACAAUAAAUGUAAUAAACACACAGAGAAGACACGUUUAGAUAUAUGUAAAACAAAAGCAGUCAUGAACACUAAUGAACAUUAUGUACAGAAGAUCGGUGACAAAUUAAUUCAGCAUUCACAAACUAGUAGAAUUUCACAAAUAUUUACCAGAGCAAAUCACUUUUCAACGAUCAAUUUAACAACUUCAUUAUUUCGUAGUGCCUCAAAAGAAAGAUCUAAAAGAAGACAUAUAUAA